GAUCUUGCAGAGCACAACGAAGAAGGCGUUGCGUCUUCCUGCGUUUACAACUCUAUUAUUAUUAUUAUUAUUACUGUACGAAGGGCAGUCAUUCCAUACCGACUGCCUUUUAUAUUUGUUAAAGCUACAAUUGGCUACUUCCACUCCUAGAAGAAAAAUAAGGCAAAGGGACUUUCUUGUCGAGUGUCGGCAUGCGUCCGUCAAUCAAAGCCGCUACGGCGGCUCUGCUGUUGCUGGGCGGCUGCCUCCUCGCCUUUUGUUGUCCUACGGUGCAGGCGAUCGCGCCGGACGACGCACCGGUGGUGCUGCACGCCAGCCUGGUCAACCUCCUCAACGCAGAGAAGUCGCAGUGGUCCGUGGCACUGGGCAGUCGCGUGCCCUCGUCGGCAAGUGAAAACAGCGCCGCAGCAGCAGCGGCACCGGAGACCGUGGCGUGGACAGACAUGCGUGAGACGUGGGUCGAGGGUCAGCCGCUGGAGAGCGCUGCUUCUCUGCUCUUUGCCCUGCCCCCGCCCGGCACUUCGUACUACCGAACGGAGGACGUGGAGGACGUAGAGGAAGAAGGGCAGCCGACCAUGGAUGGUACGGUGCUGAUAGCGGAAGAGAAGGGGAAUGUGCACGAUGACAACGUGUUGCUGCGUGCGCAGCGCCGGCGGCUCUUCGGACGCCCUGGCUUCUCCUUUCACGGCCUCGCCUGUGAAGAGUAUGGGCCGGCAGAGCGCAGCCCACGCAGUGGACACGCAGGGCUGCAUGGUCGCUGCUACCUGGCGCGUGACAGCGGAGAAGGUUUCUUCUUUAACUACCGCGUGGAGUCACCGCAAAUGGAAGCGGCGGUGGGAAAGGAUGCCGACGGCGACGACGCGGAGGCAGAGACAACGGAGACGGCAACGACGCGACCCGCUUCGCACAGCAGCGCAGGAAGCCGCCGCCGUCGGCGGAUGCACACGGUGGAAGAGACCCCAAAACACGGCGAAAAGACGGAGGCGAGUGCUGCCGGGGCCGCUCCUCGUAGCGCUGCGCAACGCCCUCCCCAGAACUUCUCGCACACAUCGGAAGGCAGCAUGUGGACGGAGUUUGUUGUCCUGCCCGGUGCGGAGUCCGGCGUCGUCGGGACGGAGGGCGACGUUCGCGUGGGCAGCGUGCGUGUCUCGGAGCAGCUCACGAAGGCCUUCGAUGCGGAGGACUCCACUCGUGUGCAGCUGGUCUUCGCUGUGGCGUUGCGCGACGUGAAGGCCGCCAACGAUGCCCCGGUAGCCACCAUUCAGAUGCGUUUGAAGGGCGUGACGGGUGCCUUCUGUGAGCAGGCGGUGCUGCGCACCACGAUGGAGCAACUGGCCUCGCGUACGAGCUUCUUUAACCGUUGGGUGUUUCCUGUCGUGUACGUUGGCUGCCUGUACGGGCUGGUUUACGGAGUAGCGUGGCUGCAGACGAGGCGCAAGGCAUCUGCCGCGGUGAAUGCGGCGGCUCCUACGCCAGCUUCUAAUGGUGUCCCCACCGCAGCGAAGAAGCGGCAAUGA